UCCCCGGAGCAGGAGAGCUACCUGGAUCACCGGUGGAAGAGGAAGAGAUCUCGCAGCAGAGACUACGAGGGGAGGCUGCGAUACCCGGCCCGGAGGGAUCUCUCGAGGAGAUCGCGAUCGAGAAGCCAUGACAGGAUGCCUUAUCACAGGAGAUACAGACGGGACAGCGACGCCUACAGAUUUGAAGACCGAAGCCCGUCUUUCGGAGAGGACUAUUACUCAACCCGCUCGCGAAACUGGCGGCGAUCCAGAGGCAGAGAGCAGCACCGUCCCAAGAAACAUCAGCACCACUGCCGGAAACGCAGGACCAGGUCUUGUAGCAGUGCCUCCUCGAGAAGCCAACAGAGCAGUAAGCGCAGCAGGAGCGUGGAAGAUGACAAGGAAGGCCACCUGGUGUGCAGGAUCGGCGAUUGGCUUCAAGAGCGAUAUGAAAUUGUCGGCAGCCUGGGUGAAGGCACUUUUGGCAAAGUGGUGGAAUGCGUGGACCACGCCAGAGGCAAAUCUCAGGUGGCGCUGAAAAUCAUAAAAAAUGUUGGAAAGUACCGAGAAGCAGCCAGGCUGGAAAUUAACGUCCUGAAAAAAAUCAAAGAGAAGGACAAGGAGAACAAAUUCUUGUGCGUCCUGAUGUCAGACUGGUUCAACUUCCAUGGCCACAUGUGCAUUGCCUUCGAGCUUCUGGGCAAGAACACUUUCGAGUUCCUGAAGGAGAAUAAC